AUGGCUCGCUUCAUGUUUGGUUUGAGCUUCAAGGGUGCUGGUGAGAAUGCUUCGGACUCUGCCAAGAUCGAGAAGCUCAUCCAAUCCCUCCAACUACUGAAGCAUCCCGAAGGAGGUUGGUUCGCCGAGACCGAUCGUGAUCCUCUCCGCAUCCCCAAUCCCUUCCUCUCGAAGGAGCAACAACAACAUGCCGCUGUCCAAUACACUGCCGCAGCCGCCGGAGACGAUACCACGAGAUCGGCAAUGACUACCAUCUUCUAUCUCUUGACCCCGAACAGUCCCAAAGGCCGCUUCCAUCGCAACAAGGGUAGAACCGUCCAUACGUUGCACAAGGGUCGUGGAAGAUAUGUUCUGAUUCGCACGGAUGAGGCAAAGCCAGGAGAGAAGGCUAGGAUCGAGACGUUUGUCGUUGGACACAAUGUUGAGAAGGGAGAGCGGUUGCAGUGGAUUGUCGAGGGUGAUAUCUACAAGGCCAGCUAUCUCUUGCCCGAUGAUGAUGGUUCGACUGAAAGCGAGUCGGGACUGUUGAUUAGCGAGACGGUCGUUCCAGGCUUCGAGUUCAGUGAUCAUAACUUCAUGCCCGCCAAUGUCCUUCCUGAACUGGUCUCUGCUAAGCAAGCUGUGGAACUUCAAUGGCUGCAAUCCAGCAAUUAG